CUAUAAACUUUGGAAGUCUAGACGAAAUUACAGAAAACUGAUCAAAGUGUUUCGAUUCUUUAGAUGGGUUUGAAGGUUCGAGCAGUAAACUGAUGUCAUUGUUUUGGAGUGUCAUCCGUCAACUAGCAGAGAGUGAAGCCAUGGCUACGUCAAAGAAGGUAAUAACAAGGGACGAGUGGGAGAAAAAGCUUAAUGAUGUUAAAAUUCGAAAAGAAGACAUGAACAAGUUGGUUAUGAACUUUCUUGUCACUGAGGGAUAUGUUGAUGCAGCAGAGAAGUUCCGAACAGAAUCUGGCACAGAACCAGAUAUAGACCUUGCAACUAUUACAGAUCGUAUGGCUGUCAAGAAAGCAGUACAGUCGGGGAAUGUUGAAGACGCAAUUGAAAAAGUUAAUGAUUUGAAUCCUGAGAUUCUAGAUACAAAUCCCCAGCUAUUUUUCCAUCUGCAGCAGCAAAGGUUGAUAGAAUUGAUUCGGAAUGGAAAGAUCGAAGAGGCUCUGGAAUUCGCCCAGGAGGAGCUCGCUCCUAGGGGAGAGGAAAAUCAAAGCUUUCUAGAGGAGUUGGAGAGAACGGUUGCGCUUCUGGCUUUUGAAGAUGUGAAAAAUAGCCCCGUUGGAGAUCUUUUAGACAUAUCGCAACGUCUAAAAACGGCAAGUGAGGUCAAUGCAGCAAUCCUUACAAGUCAAAGCCAUGAAAAAGACCCGAAGCUCCCAAGUUUAUUAAGAAUGCUUUUGUGGGCUCAAAAUCAGCUGGACGAAAAGGCAGCUUAUCCACGCAUCACCGAUCUUUUCACAGCCACUCUCGAAGACCCGUUUGUUUGACCGAACACGAUGUGCGAAUUAAGGAGUCAAAAAGGUCAUGUGAAAAUAGGGUUAGGGUUUGAAUUUGAAAAUGUUUUCAUGAUGUGUUGGACAUCGUGUUAGUUGUAAACAAAAAUAUUGGGAGGUAUUCACUUUCUGGGUUCUCUUGUUAAAUAAAAGAGGAGUUUCAGAA